CCUUGCUUCAUCGUUUAUAGGUUUCGCGCCCAUUUCUCAGACUCACUAUCUCCACCAUUUUCCUCCGCCGCUCUCUCUUUCUCUCCGCUUCUCCGAUUCUCCCUGCAACGGUCUCUACCCUAUCAAACCAUGACCACCAAAGGCCUCAAUUUCGAUGCAGACACAGCCAUGGCCAGAGAGUUUCUCUCCAACUUCGCAGAUGACCAUGGCGAUGCCAAAUACAUGAAGAUCCUUCAAGACGUCGCAAAUCACAAAUUCCGAGCAAUAAACAUCGAGCUCGAGGACUUAAUUAACUAUAAGGAUCUGGAUGAAGAGUUUCUGAACCGUGUUAUUGAGAAUACCAGAAGGUAUAUUGGGAUUUUCGCCGAUGCUAUCGACGAGCUCAUGCCGGCUCCCACUGAGACCUUUACUGAUGAUGAUCAUGACAUAUUGAUGACUCAGAGAUCUGAUGAAGGGACCGAAGGAGCUGAUGGUUCCGACCCGCGUCAGAGGAUGCCUCCUGAGAUCAGGCGAUACUAUGAAGUUUACAUCAGUGCAGCUUCAAAAGGACAGCCAUUUACAAUUAGGGAGGUGAAGGCUUCCAACAUUGGUCAGCUUGUAAGGAUAUCUGGCAUUGUGACUCGUUGCUCAGAUGUUAAACCACUGAUGCAAGUGGCUGUGUACACGUGUGAGGAAUGUGGUUUCGAAAUUUACCAGGAAGUCACAGCUCGAGUCUUCAUGCCUUUGUUUGAGUGUCCAUCAGGGCGCUGUAAGACAAAUGCAAAUAAGGGGAAUGUCAUCCUUCAACUGAGAGCAUCAAAGUUUUUGAGGUUUCAAGAGGCAAAAGUUCAAGAGUUAGCUGAACAUGUUCCGAAAGGCCAUAUUCCAAGAACGAUGACUGUUCACUUUAGGGGAGAACUCACAAGAAAGGUAGCUCCAGGUGAUGUGGUUGAAUUAUCUGGGAUUUUUCUUCCUAUGCCUUACACUGGUUUUAGAGCAAUGCGGGCUGGCCUAGUUGCUGACACGUACUUAGAGGCCAUGUCUGUAACUCAUUUCAAGAAAAAAUAUGAAGAAUAUGAACUUCAAGGAGAUGAGGAAAAGCAGAUAGCAAGUUUAUCAGAAGAUGGUGACAUCUACAAUAAGUUGGCACGGUCACUAGCCCCUGAAAUUUUUGGACAUGAAGAUAUUAAAAAAGCACUGCUUCUUCUUCUUGUUGGUGCUCCCCAUCGGAACUUGAAAGAUGGGAUGAAGAUCAGAGGAGAUUUACAUAUAUGUUUGAUGGGUGAUCCUGGUGUUGCCAAGAGUCAGCUUCUUAAACAUAUAAUCAAUGUAGCACCCAGGGGUGUGUACACUACUGGCAGAGGAAGUAGUGGGGUUGGUCUGACUGCUGCUGUUCAGAAAGAUCCUGUGACAAAUGAGUUUGUCUUGGAAGGCGGGGCAUUGGUGCUAGCAGAUAUGGGCAUCUGCGCUAUUGAUGAAUUUGACAAGAUGGAUGAAUCGGAUCGUACUGCUAUCCAUGAAGUUAUGGAACAACAGACUGUUAGCAUUGCCAAGGCUGGAAUCACUACAUCGCUGAAUGCAAGGACUGCUGUGCUUGCUGCAGCUAAUCCAGCAUGGGGAAGAUAUGAUCUAAGACGAACUCCAGCUGAAAAUAUUAAUCUUCCUCCUGCCCUCCUAUCAAGAUUUGAUCUGCUGUGGUUAAUCCUUGAUCGGGCAGAUAUGGAUACUGAUCUUGAAAUGGCCAGGCAUGUUGUCUAUGUCCACCAAAAUAAAGAGUCUCCCGCUCUGGGAUUCACUCCUCUUGAGCCAUCUGUUCUCCGUGCAUACAUAUCAGCUGCAAGAAGGUUGUCUCCUAGUGUCCCAAGGGAACUGGAAGAGUAUAUUGCUAGUGCAUAUUCAAGCAUUCGUCAAGAAGAAGCAAGGUCUAAUGCUCCCCACUCUUAUACAACUGUCAGAACAUUGCUCAGUAUUCUCCGCAUAUCAACUGCACUAGCAAGACUCCGUUUUUCUGACACUGUUGCUCAGAGUGAUGUGGACGAGGCACUGAGGUUAAUGCAGAUGUCAAAAUUCUCUUUGUACUCAGAUGAGCGUCAAAAAUCUGGUCUGGAUGCCAUAUCUGAUAUAUAUUCCGUACUGCGAGAUGAAGCUGCCAGAAGCAAGCAAAUGGAUAUCAGCUAUGCCCGUGCAUUGAAUUGGAUAUCUAGGAAGGGAUACAGCGAGGCUCAGUUGAAAGAAUGUUUGGAAGAGUAUGCAGCAUUAAAUGUAUGGCAGAUACAUCCUCACACCUUCGACAUACGAUUUAUUGAUGCUUGAUGCUUCCUUUCCCCCCCCAUCAAAGCAUGGUUUGCCUGCAGCAAUCUGGUUUUAUACCGGGAUUAGUGUUCAGUGGAACUUAGAAAAUGAUAGUACCUUGUAAUGUGGUUUGAUUUUACUUUGGUGAUGUAGGUUCUUAGUAUAGUUUAAGUUAGAAAGGCAUUCUUGUUUGGUGUAACCGCUUAAUUAAAUUUCAUAUCCUGUUAGAAGUACAUUUUUUUGGGUCCAAGAAUCAGGUUGCUUCUUAAUCAUAAAAUCUAGAACGGGAACAAAGCAACAUUGCAUGAAGCCUCCUAGGUUUGAAAUGUCUAGAGGCUUAAAUGUUGAUCUUAAUGUAUGCUUCCAUAAAUAUGUAGAAGCUUUACCAAGCCA